AUGUAUCAUUCGACAUAUCUCGAACCCAAGAACAACAAACCUCUAAAUCGGAUUGUGGCCAUCGCUCAGGCAGAUCCCAAUAUUGAUGCUCCUCAAACUGAAUUACCGAGUGUCCUCUCCAACUUGAGCAUUGAUGGCUUGCGUUAUUUACUACGUGAUCAUACCGAAGUAAAGGACAUGUUUCAAGAUUAUUUACAAGGAAAAGAUAACACUCAAGAAGCAAAGCUUCAACUCGUCCGAAAAAUCACACAACAAGUUUGCAAACAUGCAAGUGCAGAGGAACGAUACUUGUAUCCCAUGUUAUUGGAAAAGUUGGGACAAACGGAGGGUCAAUUGAUCUACCGAAAAAACUUGUUAGAUGAUUUGAUCCAUAAGGAGAUGCUUCGUUUUUUAGAACAGAAUGAACCUAAAACUGAGUUGGACUGGAAAGUCUAUGAUAAAUGUGUUCGGAAAUUCAUUCAACUUGAACAAGAGCAUAUGAAGGAAGAAGAGGAUGAUGUCUUUCCACUGCUUCGAGAACGAAUGAAUGAUGAAGAAUUGUCCACUCUUGAAGAUUGUUUGAAAUGGGCCAAAGAACAUGCUCCCACUCAUCCUCAUCCGUUUGAAGUCAUGACCAAUCCUAUGGCUCAAAUUGUUCAUCCCUUAACCGCUCAUUUGGACGCCUUAUUAGAUGCAAAACAAGAAACAACGAGUAUGGCGCAAGAGGGUCCUUCCAAGAGUGUUCCUGUUGCAGGUAGCGAGAACGUGACUUACAAUCCUUUGACUGGAGCCAAUGUUGCGAGUGUGGGUACAAGUCAAGGUGGAGACAAGAUGGAGGAAUAA